AUGACGAGUUAUGACGACUGCAUAGACCAAGUCUACGAGGCCUACCGGCGCCUUACCCAUCACCAGCUUGUCCUCUUUUCAAAGAUUAGGAGCCUGCCGCAGAAGGGCACAGACGACGAACUCGCACUCAGGCUAGCGCAAAGUGACAUACACGCGUAUCACGUCUAUCCGGCAUCGAAUGGAGCGACUUUGAAUGGGGUUACGAGCCCCGUCUGCUCGCCAUCGCCGCUAGAGGUACCAAAAACGCGCCCGAGGCAGGCCAAAGCCCCUGACCUCCCAGUGGAAGUACUGGCGGAAAUCAUGGACAAAGUAGGAGACUGGGAGCUCGCAAAGGCGGUGGGUGUACCUACUUCACUCCCCGAACCCCAGGAAUGGCAUCGCGCCAGCUCGUCCGACCACGCCAUCCUGACUGGAUACCUGCCCCUCCUCCGCUCCAUCAACCCCGCUGCCCACCCGCCAACGAAAUUAGGGGCCAGUCUUGCCGUGCGGUUCUCGUACGUCCAUGUCCUCGAGUACUUCUUCACGCAGCACCGCUCCAUCUUCCUGCACGUGUACAAGAACGACUUGCUGCCGAUUAAGGCCUCGCUGCACGGCCGCGUUGCGGUCCUCUCGUGGUGGAAACGCGCGCACGAGCAGCACCCUGACGUAACACCGCUCCCGUCGCCGGACCACGUCGCAGAAGCAAUCGACGCCGCGUCGCGCAACGGGCAGGUCGCCUCGCUCGACUGGUGGCUGCACUCAGGCAUCCCGCUUGAGUACACCGAGGCGGCGCUCGAGUACGCGAGCGCGAAGAACCAGCUCGCGGUGCUCGCGUGGUGGAAGCAGCAGGCGACGUCGCCGACGGUGCGGCUGCCGCUCAAAAUCGGGCGCGUGAUGGAUCUGGCGAGCACGGCGGGCCACAUCGACGUGCUCGAGUGGUGGGCGCGCUCGCAGCUGGACUUCAAGUACGACAAGCAGGCACUGUAUCACGCGAGCUGCCACGGCAAGGUGGAGGUGCUCCAGUGGUGGCUCGGGAGCGGGCUGCAGCUCAUCUUCGACUGUGACGCGCUCACGGGCGCGACGAGGCAUAACCGUCCAGACGUGCUCGAGUGGUGGGACAGGAGCGGGCUGCCGAUACAGUACCGGAUGUGCGACAUCGAGGAGGCACUCGAGGACGCGAUCGGCGGGGGCGAGGCCGCGCGUAUGUGGUGGCGCCAGAAGGGCAUCGACUUCAACGCGAACGACACGGAGUGGAUGAAGCUGCAGAACCUCAACUAG